GGGGCCUUGGCCGUAAAGCGUCGGGGCUUGUUGCGCUCACGUGGGGCCAGGACGCCCGCUCCUGCUCCGCUAGGCCUUGGAGGCGCUUGGCGUGGGGCCGGUGAGCUGCCAUGGCGGGGCCGGUGUGCGGCGGGGGUGGUGGCCGAGCCAAGGCCCUGGACCUUCUGCGCUCUCUGCCGCGUGUCAGCCUAGCCAAUCUGAGGCCCAACCCUGGCUCCAAGAAACCGGAAAGACUAAGAAGAGGUCGGAGAAGAGGUAGAAAAUGUGGCCGAGGACAUAAAGGAGAAAGGCAGAGAGGAACCAGGCCUCGAUUAGGGUUUGAGGGAGGUCAGACUCCAUUUUAUCUCCGUAUCCCAAAGUAUGGAUUUAAUGAAGGACACAGCUUUAGGCGUCAGUACCAUCCUUUGAGUCUCAAUAGACUACAGUACCUGAUUGAUUUAGGUCGAGUAGAUCCUACCCAACCUAUUGAUUUAACCCAGCUUGUCAACGGAAGAGGCGUAACCAUUCAGCCACUUAAAAGAGAUUAUGGUGUACAGCUGGUGGAGGAGGGUGCUGAUACCUUUAAGGCUAAAAUUAACAUUGAAGUGCAGAUGGCUUCAGAGCUAGCUAUAGCUGCAAUUGAAAGAAAUGGUGGUGUUGUUACUACAGCAUUUUAUGAUCCAAGAAGCCUGGAGAUUCUCUGCAAACCUGUUCCAUUUUUUCUUCGUGGAAAACCUAUUCCCAAAAGAAUGCUCCCACCUGAAGAAUUGGUGCCGUACUACACUGAUGCUAGGAACCGUGGAUACCUGGCAGAUCCAGCCCAGUUUCCUGAAGCAAGACUUGAACUAGCCAAGAAAUAUGGUUACAUUUUACCUGACAUCACUAAGGAUGAACUCUUCAAAAUGCUGAGUACUCGAAAGGAUCCAAGGCAGAUUUUCUUUGGUCUUGCUCCAGGUUGGGUAGUAAAUAUGGCUGAAAAGAAAAUCUUGAAGCCCACAGAUGAAAACCUUCUUAAAUACUAUAGCUCAUAAAUUCUAAACUUAGUGAAAAAAGUAGUCUCAGGAAUACUGGGAAAAUGAGCCUAGAAUGCUCACAGUUUCUUGUUUCAUUUUCCUGUUCCACCAGACUCAAAAUGUUGGGUACUGGGUUUUGGCAUAAUUCAUUUUUCCUUUUUUUUUAAUAGGUAAAAUCAAAAUAAAAUGUCUAUGAGAAGCCAUAUUGUACAAAACUUAAGUCUGUGUACUAUGAUGAAACAUACACACUCUUUUGCAGAAUAGGCUUUGGAGACCAGACACGUAUCCUGAAUACUUUUAAGUAGUCAGAAGAAAUCAUUUAGUCAGAAGUUUUCUUGCAUGCCUCAUUUGUCCUUUUCAUCACUGCAUAUUGUAGAAUGUGUUUUUGUCGGGUGUCAUUGACCCAUAGGCUUAUUUAGCAGGGGUUCAAGCACCUGAAGGGGUUAGUCUCUGAGAUAAAUUCCAACUCUAGCAACUGGAGGUCAGAGUUUGAGUUUUUAUUUAGAAAAAUUCAGAUCAUUACUCAUAUGGUAGUAUGCAUAGUGUUUGUGAAAAUAUUUUUUAAUAGAUUAUUUCUCUUACUGACCUUAUACCUUUUCACUACUGAUUAAGCUACAGCACAAAUUUUAAGUGACAGACCAAACAAACAAUAAAUGUGGAGACAGUGCAGAAUGAUUGAAUUUUUUUCAAUCAGUAUACUGUCCCGUGUCUAAAAACGACAAAGUUCUGAAAAUAUAACUACAUACUCAUCUGGUGAAUUUUUCUGUUGUGGGGAGUGCUUUGUCAAUUUUAGCUUGCAAGUUAAAAAAUGUUGAAAUAAGAUGAUGCUAUAAUAUAAUGCCUUCCCUCAGGGAGAAUGGAAACUUUUCGAAAGUUCUAUUUUUGGAGUACUUAAUGGCUACCUUAUUUUUUUUAAUACCUUCUUUUCUCAACUUUCUGACAGGCUCUUUGACACAGAAAUUUUAUACUAGUAAUUUUAAGCCUUUUACCCUCUAGGAUAAAUGUAAACUUGGGCAUCAUUUUAAAGGUAUUGACUUAGGCUGAGAAGAAAACAUAUUUGCAUUCAAAUUAUUUGCACAGAAAUUAGCUUCCCUAUUGCAUCCUAUUCUACAUCCUGGUUCUUUUAUAAAGUAUAAAACCUUAAAUUUCAA